AUGGCUGCUGCUGACCCCAUCCUGCCCCUUGAAGAGGUGGCUUUGCUGGAGCUGGAGAAGGUGGCCCUGGCCACCCCCCUGGACAAGGUGCCGCCAGCCCCGAAUGAACACCUGGGGGACCCUGAUGCCACCCUGCCAUGGGACCGGUGCCAGUACGGCGCCCGGGGCCAGCCGGAGCCCGCGGAGACAAAGAGGCGCUCAAGUCCUGAAGGGGGCCGAGAAGACCCCGAGGAGGCUGCUCUCACCUGCCCCCCAGCUGAGGCCGAAGGCGAGGAAGCCCCCGGGCUGCCCGUGAUGGCGGCCCACGCCUUUGUGCCCAUCGACCCACAGUGCAUUGAGCGGACACCUGGCAAGCAGAAGAAACAACCUGCCCCAUGGCCCCGGGAGGAGGGCAAGGGGGGCUACGUCCCCCACAGCGACAGACCCGACAGCCUCCGCCAGAAGCAGGUCUUCCUUCCCAUCGGCUCCUCGCGCUACAGGGACCCACCGGGCUUUGAGGGGCGAGUGGCCAAGCCAACGACCGAGGGGCCGCGGUGCCCAUGUGUCAGGGACUGCGGCGCUGGCAACCUCAAGGCCGUGGCCUCGGUGGUGGGGGCCCUGUUCCUCUGCCCCUGCCUCGUCUACGGGGCCUACGUCUUCCUGCCUUUUGACGCCCCGCUGCUGCCCACCAUCAGUGCCCGUCUGGUCUACACGCUCCGCUGCGCCGCCUUUGCCACGUUCCCCAUCGUUCUGGGGAUGAUCGUCAGCGGCAUCGCCCGCCUCUGCUCCUCUGCACUGGAGCCCUUCGGGGAGCUGCAGUGGGAGGUGGAGAUCCACCGCACCUACGUCUCCCAGUCCGUCCAUCUCUUCAUCCUCUACUUCUUCAACAUGGCUGUGCUGGCCACCUACCUCCCGCAGGAGGUCCUCAAGCUCAUCCCCCUGCUCACGGGGCUUUUUGCCAUCUCCCGGUUGAUUUACUGGCUGUCGUACGCCAUCGGGCGCUCCUUCCGCGCCUUCGGCUUCAGCAUGACCUUCCUGCCCCUCCUGGCCAUGCUACUCUGGAACCUUUACAGCAUGUUCAUCCUGGAGCCCGAAAACCUCCUUGCUGUGGCAGCGCCAAAGCCCGAGGACCAACCCAAGGACAGUGGGGCCAAACUGCGGUACUGGGGGUGA